CUGUAAAGCUCGCCAGUCGCCCACACACACAGAUAAGCCAGCUAGUGCAUCGGGAGAGCUUGCUUUGUUUGUUUGAGGCUUUCUAUUCUCUUGAACUCUCAGAUUCUAUCGCACGCCGUCCGCCUCGAUCGUGCUUCACGCGAAUCUGUCGCUAGCUGAAAAAGGGUCGACAUGCGCGACUGAACAUGGCCGGUAGGCCGUGUUUUCUGAUGGUUAGUACUCAGAUUGCUGUUCUUUUGGCUGUAUCGUUGGCCAUCCCAUCAUGCCUUGCGUUCCCGGACUACCCUCCCACCACCACCUGCCAAGAGCUUACGCCUAAACAUGGCUCUCACACACCCCGAACGGAGCCAAGCCCCUAUUCGAUCACGGUCACCCCCGGCAGCUACACGCCUGGGUCCGAAGUUUCUGUGGCCAUCAAUGGGAUUAGCCAUUUCAAGGGGUUCAUCAUGCAAGCGAGGCAGGCUGGGCAUAGCGGCCCUCCAUACCCUAUCGGGACUUUUAACUCCCCCCUCCCGGCCUUCACUCAGAAGAUAUGGUGCUCCGGUGGAGAUUACGGGAACACUGUUGGUCAUAACCACUCAAAAGGCUAUAAUUUUACGAGUGUUACUUUGAAGUGGCGCGCCCCGGACAAAGCGGCCGGGAACAUAAUCUUCUGGGCGUCGGUUGUAGAGACAUUUGACCGCUUCUGGGUGGAUCUGAAGUCGGUCGCAGUGUCUGGUGCCUCAGGUCUACCUUCUACCACUCCUCCCCUUGGGCGGGAUUUCCAGAUCAGUAAGUCGGGGUGCGGUAAAGCCAAGGGGUGCUUCUCUGAGCCUGUGCAAUGUACCGGAAGCCAUGAUUGUACCUUCCUGAUGACAUACCAAGACAACGGAAGUGACGUCACAUUUGAGCUAAGCGCCAAGGCAGGCUACGCGGCGAUGGGGUUCAACUACAAGCAAGAGAUGGAUGCAACAGACAGCAUCACGUGUUCAACAUCUGCCAGCGGUGCCGUGGAGAUACGACGCUACUACCUUGACCACCACAGGCCGACACGAUACGACAUCAGUAACACAAGCGAUAUCAAGGCAAUAGAGAAAAGCUACGCUGACGGAAUCGUCAAAUGCAGGUUCACUCGGAAGAAAGCACCACAGAGCCCUAAUAUGCGUAACUUGAACACUAACUGGUACAUGAUAUUCGCGUGGAGCGGUGUCAGCACUACGGGUGUGCUAGAAUAUCAUCACAAGAAUUCUUCGUUUACCGCUGAAAAGGUAGACAUGACCAAGCCCGCUCUCCUAGUCAGCGGUAAACCUCAACCAUCGGCGUCACCUAGCGACAAGAUUACAAAGGUCGGCUGUGGUAAGACGAAGGCUUGUGUCUCGGAACCGAAGAAUUGCCGAACAAGCUCCGACUGCCAAUACCUGAUGACGUAUACCGUCGAGAAUGAUGACGUUAUCUUUCAUAUGAGUACCUCACUUGGUUGGUCAGCGAUCGGGUUUAACAGUAAACCCCGGAUGGAUGACACAGACGCCUUGAUCUGUUCACGAACUGCGACCAGCGGCGAUAGCGUAGGCGUGGCACACUACGAGAUAACAGGAUACGGCAAACCCGUGAAAAACACUCAGACAUCGAAAUCUUUGCAAGUUUUUGAAGCUGAAUACAGUGGAGGAAUCGUGUACUGCAAGUUUUCGCGAAAGAAGCAAUCAUUAGGAAUGAUGGACUUGAACAAAAAAGUUUAUCUUAUCUUUGCUCGCGGUCAGAUCUCAGCACAAGGAGACCUGAGGCAACAUAGUCCACGCGAGAAGUCGUACACAACAGAUCCCGUGGCCAUCACCUCCCUGACAGACCUGAAGGUGACCGAGGGCAAGGAUCUCAGCCUCCUUCGCGGCCACGCCAUCCUGAUGAGCAUCGCAUGGUUGGUCUGCGCCUCUCUGUCGAUGUUCGUAGCUCGCUAUAUGAGGGAGGUCUGGGGCGAGAUCUUCGGUCUCAAGGCCUGGUUCCAGGUCCAUCGCGGGCUCAUGGUCUUGACUCUUGUGUUCUCCGUUGUUGGGAUAGUCCUGGCAUUUGUCUACGCAGGGGGGUGGUCUGAGACCAAGAUAGCGCACCCUCUGAUAGGGAUGAUAGUGCUGGCUCUGGCUUGCAUUCAGCCCGUCAUGGCGUACUUCCGGCCCAAACCCGGAACCGACAAGCGCGUCGUCUUCAACUGGGCUCAUCGCAGCGUAGGGGUGAUAUCUCUUGCUCUUGCAGUCGUAAACUGUUUCCUUGGUGUGUUACUCCCGCACUUCGAGCUGCAAACAUCCGGGACCUACCCCCUUAUCGCCUACUGCGCAGGCGUCGGCCUCGUUAUCUUGUUCGAAAUAUACCUUGCAUGCAAGGCCAGGUCGCAGAGCUCGGCUAACUUAGAAGCCAAGGCGGACAUAAGGAACGAAGAUGUAGAGGUGAAGACAAAACAAGUCAAGCCGGUUGAGCAGUACAAGUCGCUCAAGAAGAUCGUGAUGGGAUUCCUGUGUCUUCUUGUCCUGGGCGUAACCCUGGCGCUAAUUGCACUCGUUGUCACACGACCACUCGAGGAGUAGGCCUACCUUAUAAUGAAGUGCCAUUACUGUGUAUGCGCGUCAUGUGUUUUAUAAAUUGAUUUUCUGAAGAAUGUCCCAUCUCAGGCGGCAGAAAGUCGACUCGAAAAAUUAUAUAGGAAGCUUUUACACAUCCCUUUACUUACCCUCUGUGGUAGAAAAUACACCCUAAAGUUAGUAUAGGUAGCUUUUACACAACUUAAGACCGCCCCUGGGACAGAAAAUAGACUCUAAAGCUAGUAUAGGUAGCUUUUACACAACUUAAGACCGCCCCUGGGACAGAAAAUAGACUCUAAAGUUAGUAUAGGUAGCUUUUACACAACUUAAGACCGCCCCUGGGACAGAAAAUAGACUCUAAAGCUAGUAUAGGUAGCUUUUACACAACUUAAGACCGCCCCUGGGACAGAAAAUAGACUCUAAAGCUAGUAAAUGUAGCUUUUACACAACUUAAGACCGCCCCUGGGACAGAAAAUAGACUCUAAAGUUAGUAUAGGUAGCUUUUACACAACUUAAGACCGCCCCUGGGACAGAAAAUAGACUCUAAAGUUAGUAUAGGAAGCAUUUACACAACUUAAGACCGCCCCUGGGACAGAAAAUAGACUCUAAAGUUAGUAUAGGUAGCUUUUACACAAAUUAAGACCGCCCCUGGGACAGAAAAUAGACCCUAAAGUUAGUAUAGGUAGCUUUUACACAACCUAAGACCGCCCGUGCGACAGAAAAUAGACUAUAAAGAUUGUAUUACCGCCCUGGGACUCUAA